UACAGUGCGAUUAGCAACUUCUAUUUCUUCUUCUUGACUGAGAUGGAGCUAAAAGGUUUGGGGUUCGUCCCCCUUCUGUUGGCGUUUUGGUGUGCGGCCUGGCUUGCCACCAGCUACAUCGUGACGGUCGUCCUCGGCCAUGCCGCCUCGCCACUGAUGCACAUCAGUGACGUGGGAAAUUUCUUUCCCGAAAACAUAUUAUUGAGAAUUGGUUUCAUAGGGACAUCCAUUGGCACUUUGGUACUAACCUUUCUUAUUUAUAAGUAUAUGGUUAUGCAUACUGAAGAGUUCAGGGGUCAUCAGGUCCUGAUCCAGAGGAUCCUGCUCGCCAUUGUGUGGGCCUCCUGUUUUGGUACAGCUGUCAUGCAUGUAUUGUCCCCCGAAGAAUAUCCCAGGAUACACUUUGUCAGCACGGUAAUUUCCAUUACAUGUGAAGCCUUAUACUACCUUGGGCAGUCCAUCCAGAUGUAUAAAUUACCAGGAGCAAACAAAGUCAUCCACCAUAGUAGAUGCACCUGCUGUGGCCUGACUUUUACCUGCGCAAUUUUCUACUUUGGAUAUAAAACAUUACAGGAAUUAUUCUAUGAUGAUGAAGACUGGGACGAGAUCCGUGAAAUCACCACCAUAAUCAUCGAGUGGGUGAUGCUUCUACUGAUCCUGAUAAACAUCGUGACCUAUUAUUCCACCAUGCAGAGGUUAAUGUUAACCGUCUCCAGGAACAGCUGCAAACUCUCUCUUAGAGUAAGAAUUGAUGACUUCGGGGUGUAGACCACCACGUGGGCCAUCAAGUGGACUUCUGGGAGAGAUACUGCACAGGACACGGGAAAACCAUAAAAAAAAUAAUAUGAGCUGGUGAUAUUACCUAUAC